AUGGCGCUCCUUCAGACUUCACUGAUAUGGAUCGUUUAUGCAGUUGUCAUUGCUAUCCUACUGGCGGUUGCCUCAGUGUUUAUCUAUGUCUACCAAACUCCUCGUGAUCGAUCUCCUUCUGUAACGCUGACCUGCAUCAUUGCCAUUACCAGUCUUCUGGCAACUGUGCUUCUACUCCCGGUGGAUGUUGCACUCGUAUCGUCAACCACGUCAUCCCGCCUGGGCCAGCGGAAGGACUGGGCCACCCAGGAUACUGUUGAUAACAUCACCUUCUCACUGACAAUCGUCUACUACAUAUUGUACUCACUGGAUGCCUUGCUCUGUCUCUUGGUGAUUCCUUUCACCUACUUCUGGUAUGAGGAAUACGACGAGGUAGCCAGCGAGACGGGGGAGCAAACAGUGGGACAGCGACUCUGGGGAUCUCUCAAGUACACCUUUUCAUUUAUUGCGAUUGUGGUAAUUCUCUUCCUGGUUGGAUUCUUUGUCCCAGUCUCCAAAGAUAAGGUCGGUAUGGACUUGGACUACUUCAAACGUCUCCUGACAGAGAAUCAUGGCGAGCGUGCAUUGACAUUUGCUUUGGGCCUGCUUAUGACCCUGGGUAUUUGUCUUUAUGUGUUGUAUACUUCAGUGGGGCUUGCUCUAUUCCCCAUUAGCUUGAUCAAAACUGCACCAUCGAUCUCUAGCCCCACUCUUCGGGCUUCAACGGCUCGCCAAUUAGAAGCCAAUCAAGAGCGCCAGAGACAGCUUGAAGGUCGUUGUGGUGGAAGCCCCGACCUUCUUUCGUCCAAAGAUCGCAGGGAACUAGAUACCCUCACACGAGAGGAAAGAACAUUGAUCCGGCGGCAACGUCUCGUUGACGAAGCUCAGGGGGAAGGCCGGAGUUGGUUAGUGCGCGCAUGGUUUAAGAUUGAAGCCAUACUACGGCCCUUCAAAUUGUUAGGAGGUCUGCUACUCCUAUUGAUUGCUUUUGUUACAUGGGUUUCUAUGCUGUUGACGGCUAUCGACAAGGCAAAAAACUCAAUUUGCAAGCAGCGUUGUGGAUAUAUCCUCGGCCAUAUCAACGUCUUCAACCCAGUCAAUUGGGCACUUGUUCAAUCUGCCAAAAUAUUCCCAGUGGAUUAUGCUAUUUUUUCCGUUCUUGUGCUGCUGCUGUUUUGCAGUUCGGUUGCUGGUAUUGCCGCGGUUGGAAUUCGCUUCCUUUGGAUUCGAAUUUUCCAGAUCCGCAAAGGCCACACGUCGCCUCAGGCUCUCCUCUUAGCAACUGCGAUGUUGAUGCUGAUUAUCCUGGCGUUGAAUUAUUCUAUUUCCAUGCUCGUGGCUCCUCAAUACGCCACGUUUGGCCCACAAACCUUUUGUGACCGUGCCCCGACAACACUGUUGGAGCAACCGGAUUGUUCUAACCACGAAGAUCUCAUCAAGCCAUGCUCUGAGCUAGCAGACAAUACUGCCGCCAAAACAGUGUGCACCCCAAGUGUUGUCAGCACCUUUCUCAAUCGUAUCACCCUCAAUUAUCCUUUCUUCGGUGUUGUCUUUUUUUGGGCCCAGUUCUUCUUCAUUGGUCUCUACCUUGUCGUCUUUGUGACAUCUCUCUUCCGAUCACCAAACUUGGAUGAAAGACAACUUGAUGAAGAUGCCGAGGAGGCUGAAGAAGAGGGUCUCCUCGCUAACACAGGCAGACGUUUCAAUGCAACCUGGCAAGAUAUCACGGGCCGAGCCGACCGCAACCGCUCUAGAGAUUGA